AUGGAUGUCGUCUCCGGCGACCAUGAGAAUUCUGUGGGACUAGUAACGUCUCAAUCAACUGCAUCAGCUAAAAUCAGUUGUCUCGCUUGUCGUGCAGCUAAACGAAAAUGUCAUACUUCCAACUCGCAUUCUCCGUGCCGGCGAUGUAAAAAUCACAAUAUAACGUGUGAAUAUACCAAGCAUCAACGCGGUCGCAAGAAGAAACCCCUUAUCGAAGAUCCAUCGCAAUCGUCUGGAAAGCCUGAUUCGCUCUUCGAACACAAUAAUGAUCCAGAAGCUUCAGGCAGUGGUUUAACUGGCUCAUUCAUCCGGUCAAGCUCGAUCCAUGACUUGCAUCACAACACUACCUCAGGAGACCACAGUAUCGACUUACCACCACAAGACAAGCUAAACAUACACUUUUCCCAUGUCAUUCCGAAAGAAGGGGACUCGUCUCCUUUUAUAGCUGGGGAAACAACACAUUAUCCCGAUCCUUCUGUUGGAGACAACCCACUCCUUCUGCAACAUCUUCAAUCCACAUGUCCUGACCCUGUCAAGGCUGGCUUGUUGACUGAGAAUGAUGCUUAUGAGCUAUUCAAUUUCUAUUUUCAGCAUCUCAAUCCAAUCCUGGCCAUCCUAGAUCCUCAUCUUCACACGCCUACCUACUGUAUCCGUCAUUCACCACUGCUGUUUACAUCCGUCCUGACCGUGACAGCCAAAGUCGUCCGCCCCAAAGUUUACGCGAAGUGCAUGAUGCUCGCCAACAAGUUAGUUGGACAAGCUAUAGAAUUCGGAUUGUGUUCGGUCGAAGUUGUUCAAGCUUUGAACCUGCUCCAUCAUUGGAAAAAGUCAGACGAUCACACCAGCUGGCGCAGAAUUGGUUAUGCGAUUCGAAUGGCGCAGGAAUUAAGAUUAGAUAUCAGAAGCCCACGUCCGUUGGCUAAAGAAGAGUUGAAAGCUAGAGAAUCGCUGAAUCGAGAGAGGGCUUGGUUCAAUCUGGUCAUUGCUGAUUAUCACCUCGCUAUCCACCACUCACUACCACGAAUGCUUUACACGCAGGAUGUGGAUGAUCCAGAAGACUGGGUAACGGAACAUGCACAUUUGCAAACCCCGGGCGAGUCCUCUCUCGGACCUUUAGUAACAUUCAGCAGGAUGUGUAGGCUCUAUGCAGAUAGUUUGGGUGCCAUGGGCAAAGAGUCGGAGAACAUGAGGACAUUAAACUGGUUAGAACUCGAGCGGGACAGGUGGAGACGGCGGUGGCUGGAAAAUAACGAUCGACAUCGCUUCACCCAACCGCAGAUAUCCACCUUUCCGCGUCAUGGCGAUCAUGAUAACAGAAUCGAUCUUCAUGAACCCAACCCUCUUUCUUUCGCCUUCUCGAAUUGCAUAGAAGCUGCUUUAGGUGUAGCUUUGGUCUUGCAAAAUGAUUUAGCACCGUACGGAUAUCUGUCUCACUGUUUCUACCUGACUUGGGUAGCCAUGGCCGUCACUGCCAUAUGGCUUGUAAAAAACAUCGCACCGAUGUAUCAAGAAGAUCGAGCCAAGGUCAUUCGAUUACUAUCGGAAGUUCAGUUCUCCACCGAAGAAGCUUCCCGAUCUUCAGAUGAUAUGGCUGCUUAUACUCAUCGAUUGCUCAAGCAUCUUCUGAACGGCAUCUCCCCGGAGUGGCAGCUGGCUUCUUUUUUGACUGAUCCGGUGUCGCAAACCACCCCGAUGAGGUCAAUACCUGAAUCUCUUCCUUCUAUAGCGGAAUCCAACACAUCAAAUAUAGCCAAUUGGGAACUUUCCAGCACUCAAGAGAUUAUACAAGGCUGUCUGUGGAACCAACCCCAACAGUAUAAUCUAUCACAUUCGCUUAUGAACAUGCCCAACGUGGACAGCAGUCCCUCUGCUAACACCGGAUCCCAACUACAAUCUCAAUACAAUCAAUCACCACAGCGACCACAUCAAUUGCAACAGCAUGAACAGCAUCAACAUCCACCGCAACAAACGGAUACUGCAAUUUCUAGCCAUCUAGAUUUGCUGUUCCCUGCUGAUGAUGAUGAGUUCUGGAAACAACUAUUCCCUUCCACCGAAUGA